CUAAUAUAUAGCCAAGGUUCGCCCUCAAUACAUUAAUACAUCAAGGCAAACUCAAGACAUCACAACGACCCAUUUCAGUUUUGACCAUGACCAAUAAUUCGAUUGUCCUCAUCACUGGUGGAAAUACCGGAAUUGGAUAUGAGACUGUCAAAGCUCUCUAUGCAUCGCCUCAAGCUCACACGAUAUUGAUGGGCAGUCGAUCGCUCGAAAAAGCUCAAGACGCGAUAUCUACGCUGAAAAGCGAGAUCUCGGACUCCAAGUCGGAAAUUAUACCGCUACAGAUCGAUAUCGAGGACGACGCUUCGAUUGAAAAUGCGUUCAAGCAGGUCGAGAGCACGUGGGGAAAAGUUGAUGCCCUGGUGAACAACGCAGGUGGAUCAUACGAUGGCAUUGUGCUGUCCAAGCCAGGACCCUCCGGAAUCCGCGAAGCCUGGAACAAAGCAUACUCCGUCAACGUAACAUCUACCCAAGUUUUUACUCAUCAGUUUGCGCCACUACUCCUCGCGUCUUCCAACCCUUAUCUUCUAUUCAUAAGCUCCGGACUCUCGUCCCUCACUACAUGCUCCGGCGGUUUUACAUCCAAGAUUUGGAGCGAUCCAUCACCCAAAGGCUGGCCGAAGCCUGCAAAGCUGAGCCCAAUUGCAUACCGCAGCAGUAAGACGGCACUCAAUAUGAUGAUGUUGGAAUGGAAGAGGUUGCUGGAACCGGAUGGCGUGAAGGUCUUUUGUAUAAGCCCUGGGUUCUUGGCUACCAAUUUGGGCGGGAUGGGCGCGGACUUCCUGAAGAAAGUCGGCGCUGGAGACGCCUCUGUGGGCGGAGUCUUCAUCAAAGAUGUUGUUGAAGGAAAGAGAGAUGAAGAUACAGGGAAGGUGAUCAACAAGGAUGGCGUGCAGCCUUGGUAGUCAGGAGUUGCAUCUAGGAUGAGACACUUGAAUCUAUAAGCUUACGUAAGAUAUCGCGGCAUUUCGUUUUGUUGACGUAGUGAAUUAAACGAGGCACCCAACAUGAUUGAUAAAUACGGCUGUCUGGGGGUCUGUUCACAGUCAAUUGUCUUAAAAUCACCGGCGUAAGGCCUCCCGGACCGGCGUAAACACUUGUGGAUCGUGAUCGACCAACAGUCCAAAUCAAGAAUUUUAAUAUGUCACAUCAGCCUAACAUGAACAUGGAGUAGUCCUGAGUAGUCAAUGGGAAGGCAAAGCGGCAUAAGAUCUGCAAAUCUGACAACG